AUGCCUGUUCUCGCUGGGAGCAAACAACAUGACUACGGUUUUGCUUCCAGCAAAUCUUUGAGCCAUCUGCUUCCCAUCACAGGGGACAAGACUCCACCCAUCAAAGGGGUCCAUUACCAGAAGGUCCGGAGAAUCUACUGCUCCGAUCAGCUCCGAGCCAUCGAUGGCAAUAAGGAGGUCAUGAUCAAUGUUGGUGGCAGCAAAUACCUCCUACCUUGGAGCACCCUGGAUGAGUUCCCUUCUUCCAGGCUGAGCAAACUGAAAUCGUGCAACAGCUAUGAGGAAAUCACCCAGAUCUGCGAUGACUAUGAUGAAGACACUCAUGAAUUCUUCUUUGACCGGAACCCAAGUGCUUUUGGGAUGAUUGUCAGCUUCCUUGCAGCGGGGAAACUGAUGCUCCUUCACAAUAUGUGUGUCCUGUCCUUUCAAGAGGAGUUAAAGUAUUGGGGGAUUGCAGAGUCGAGGUUGGAGAACUGCUGUUUCCAGAAGCUCUUUCAAAAGGUGGAGGAACUGUCGGAGGAGCACAAAGAAGAUGAACUGCAGAGGGCCAAGCUGAUGGCCUGUGCCCAGAAGGAGGAGACCAAAUAUGGUCGUUUCAUGAACAACUUGAGGGACAUGGUGGAAAACCCCCAGUCGGGUCUCCCCGGGAAAAUAUUUGCUUGUCUCUCCAUCCUCUUUGUGGCAACCACAGCAAUAAGCCUUUGUGUCAGCACUAUGCCAGAUUUGAGAGAAGAAGAAGACAGGGGUGAAUGUUCCCAAAAGUGCUACUACAUCUUCAUCGUAGAGACCAUCUGUGUCGCCUGGUUCUCCCUGGAAUUUUGCCUUCGGUUCAUCCAAGCCAAGAGCAAGUGUCAGUUCUUCAAAGGUCCUUUGAACGUCAUCGACUUCCUGGCCAUCUCUCCUUAUUACAUCUCCCUCAUCAUGGGGGACGAUGAAGUUUUGGAGAACGACCACCGUCCGAGCGGGAGCUCUUAUUUUGAGAAGGUGGGUUUGGUGCUACGGGUCUUACGGGCGCUGAGGAUACUGUACGUCAUGCGACUCGCGAGACACUCGCUGGGCUUACAAACCAUCGGCCUCACCGUGCAGAGGUGCGCUCGUGAAUUUGGCCUCCUGAUGCUCUUCCUGUGUGUGGCCAUCACUCUGUUUUCUCCCCUGGUCUACCUUGCGGAAAACGAAUCUGGCAAGGUCCUGGAGUUUACCAGCAUCCCGGCCUCCUAUUGGUGGGCGAUCAUCUCCAUGACUACGGUGGGGUACGGGGACAUGGUCCCGAGGAGCGUUCCAGGCCAGAUGGUGGCUCUCAGUAGCAUCUUGAGCGGGAUUCUAAUUAUGGCCUUUCCAGCUACCUCCAUCUUCCAUACCUUCUCCCAUUCCUAUGCGGAGCUGAGGAAACGGCACAAGCGACUCCACGCUCAACUCACGAGAAUCAAAAGUGCCAACACGAUCAGCGAAAGGGACACCUUCAACGAGAGCGAGAGCUUUGCUUCAGACGAUAGCGAAUACCCCAUCAAGUACAUUUUCAAAGGAUAA